AUCAUGGCUAGUGUCUCUUAUCAAAUUGCUAACUUGCUGGAGAAGAUGACCUCCAGUGAUAAAGAUUUUAGAUUUAUGGCAACCAAUGAUCUGAUGAGCGAAUUACAAAAAGAUAGCAUCAAAUUAGAUGAUGAUUCAGAGCGAAAAGUUGUGAAAAUGCUUCUGAAGCUGUUGGAAGACAAGAAUGGAGAAGUACAAAAUCUUGCUGUAAAAUGUUUGGGCCCAUUAGUCAAUAAGGUAAAGGAGUACCAAGUGGAAACUAUCGUAGAUGCGUUGUGCAGUAAUAUGGUGUCAGAUAAGGAACAGUUAAGAGAUAUCUCUAGUAUCGGUUUGAAGACUGUAAUCUCUGAACUUCCUUUGGGAUCCAGUGCGCUUGUUGCUAAUGUUUGUAAAAGAAUAACUGGCCGUCUUAGCAGCGCUAUCGAAAAACAGGAAGAUGUGUCUGUACAACUCGAGGCCCUCGACAUUGUAGCUGACUUGUUGUCCCGAUUUGGUGCUCUACUAGUCACCUUUCAUUCUAUCAUAUUGGCCGCUCUGUUACCACAACUUUCUUCCCCGCGACAAGCUGUGCGAAAACGUACCAUAGUGGCAUUGAGUCAUCUUUUGACUUCGAGUAACAAUUAUCUGUACAAUAAACUUCUCGAUCAUUUGCUCGAAGGUCUUUCAACUCAAACCGCUAAGAAUGUUGUACGAACGUACAUACAAUGUAUCGCAUCUAUUUGUCGUCAAGCGGGACACCGAUUCGGAGAACAAAUAGAGAGAGUCAUGCCACUGAUUUUACAGUACAGCAUGGACGACGACGAUGAAUUGCGAGAAUAUUGUUUGCAAGCCUUCGAGUCUUUUGUAUACAGAUGUCCCAAAGAGAUUACUCCACAUAUAAAUAAAAUUAUAGAUAUUUGUUUGAUGUACAUCACAUAUGAUCCGAACUAUAACUAUGAUGAUGAUAUGAAUGAUGCAUCCGACGGAGAAGGUGUUGUGAUGGAGGUAGAGGAAGAUGGGGAGGAAGAUGCAGAAGAUGAGUACUCAGACGAUGAUGAUAUGAGUUGGAAAGUGCGUAGAGCAGCUGCAAAGUGUCUUGAGGCUGUUGUGUCUAGCAGACGAGAACUUCUUCCAGAUCUUUAUAAACAAGUUUCUCCAGCAUUGAUUUCCAGAUUCAAAGAAAGAGAAGAAAAUGUGAAAUCGGAUAUAUUCCAUGCUUACAUUGCCCUUCUAAAACAGACCAGACCAGCUUCCGGUCUACCACUGGAUCCUGAUGCGAUGGAAGACGACGAUGGUCCAAUAUCGUUGUUACAACAGCAAGUUCCACUAAUAGUAAAAGCAGUUCAUCGCCAGAUGAAAGAGAAGAGCAUUAAAACGAGACAGGACUGUUUUUCGUUAUUGAAGGAAUUGGUACUCGUGCUGCCUGGCGCUUUAAACAAUCACAUACCAGCCUUGAUAUCCGGUAUACAAUAUUCGUUGGGUGAGAAGAAUUCGUCGUCGAAUAUGAAAAUCGAUACAUUGGCGUUCGUGCACACAUUGUUAAUAACACACCAACCGGAAGUUUUUCACGCCCACAUGGCAGUUUUAGCACCCCCCAUUAUAGCCGCUGUUGGAGAUCCAUUUUAUAAAAUAACGGCUGAAGCAUUGCUAGUAUUGCAACAGCUUGUGCAAGUGAUUAGACCGCACGAUAAGCCAUGCUAUUUCGACUUCACAUCGUUAUCCAGCGAGAUAUAUCGUUGUACAUUAAUGAGACUAAGAACGGCGGAUAUCGAUCAGGAAGUGAAAGAGAGAGCGAUCGCUUGUAUGGGUCAAAUUCUAGCUCAUUUUGGAGAUACGUUGUCCGAUGAGCUACACGUAUGCCUACCUAUAUUUCUGGACAGACUCCGUAACGAGAUCACACGACUCACGACUGUUAAGGCCUUAACUUGUAUAGCAUCGUCGCCGUUGAGAGUAGAUCUUAAACCAAUUAUGGAUGAGGCGGUCCCGAUUCUUGGAUCGUUCCUCAGAAAGAAUCAACGAGCUUUGAAACUGUGUUCCCUCCCACUUUUGGACACUUUGGUGCAAAAUUACAGCUCUGCUCUGCAUGUAGAUUUAUUAGAUAAGGUGACUACGGAAUUACCAGCGUUAUUAAAUGAGACUGAUUUACAUAUUGCCCAAUUAACUCUUAAUCUUCUCACCACUAUCGCAAAAUUACAUCCAGUCGCUUUGACCAGGGUGUCCGAUAAUAUCCUUCCGGAAAUAUUAGUUCUGGUUAAAUCACCGCUUCUCCAAGGCGUGGCCUUAACGUCGAUGCUGGAAUUCUACCAAGCAUUAGUCCAGGCCGACAUACCGGGUCUGGGAUACAGAGAAUUGCUCUCCAUGCUGAUAGCUCCUGUCAAUCAAUCUGUACUUCAUAAGCAAGCCUAUCAUUCGCUUGCUAAAUGCGCGGCCGCAUUAACUAUCACAUGGCAUCAAGAAGCCCAGGCAGUGGUCGAGCAAUUUUUAAAGGACGUUCAGAACCCUCAAAGCGACGCACAGCAUAUUUUUGCACUGUUGGUUAUCGGUGAAAUAGGUAGACACGUGGACUUGAGCGGAAUCGCUUCUCUAAAGCAUGUAAUUUUAAAUUCAUUCUCAUCCCAUUCGGAAGAAGUGAAAUCGGCAGCCAGUUACACAUUGGGUAACAUAGCAGUGGGAAAUCUACCGGAAUAUUUGCCGUUCAUAUUGAAGGAAAUUGAGGCACAACCGAAACGUCAAUAUCUUCUUUUGCAUUCGUUGAAAGAGAUUAUCACAUGCCAAUCUGCUAGUCUGUCAGGUGUAUCCCAUCUGCAAAAUUUUGUGCCUUCGAUUUGGAUGUUAUUGUACAGGCAUUGCGAGUGUGCGGAAGAAGGCACGCGUAACGUCGUGGCAGAAUGUUUAGGAAAGCUUACUUUAAUCGAUCCUGCCACUUUACUACCAAAAUUACAAGAAUCAUUAAAAUCACCCUCUGCGUUCAUGAGAACCACCACAGUUACCGCUGUUAAGUUCACGAUUUCUGAUCAGCCUCAACAAAUCGAUGCCAUGUUGAAACAGUGCAUGGGUAACUUCUUAGUGGCAUUAGAAGAUCCUGACCUAAAUGUUAGGAGGGUAGCUUUAGUUGCAUUUAAUUCAGCAGCUCAUAACAAACCAAUGCUCAUCAGAGAUUUAUUAGAUUCUGUAUUACCACAUCUUUACGCUGAAACCAAGAUAAAGAAAGAAUUGAUCAGAGAGGUCGAAAUGGGUCCCUUCAAACAUACAGUGGACGAUGGUUUGGAUCUUAGAAAAGCAGCAUUCGAGUGCAUGUAUACAUUAUUAGAUUCUUGUCUUGAUCGGCUGGAUGUUUUCAACUUUUUGAACCACGUUGAGAAUGGCCUUAGAGAUCACUAUGAUAUCAAGAUGUUAACUUACCUUAUGACUGCCAGACUCGCCCAGUUGUGUCCCACAGCAGUUUUACAAAGGUUGGAAAGAUUAGUUGAACCAUUAAAGAGUACUUGUACAAUGAAAGUAAAAGCAAAUUCAGUGAAACAGGAAUAUGAGAAGCAAGAUGAACUUAAACGUUCGGCAUUGAGAGCUGUAGCAGCACUGUUAACAAUCCCAGAUGCCGAUAAAAAUCCGUCACUAUGCGAGUUCGUAACACAGAUUAAAGCGACGCCCGAGUUGCAACCACUGUUUGAAAUAAUUCAGAAGGACUGCAGCGGAAGCAGUAUGAACGAAACCAAUGCGAUGGAUCAGAGUUAAAAGUCGAUGAUCUUACCUUUUGUAUUUCACAUUAGAUCGCCGUUAGCUAAGCACGAUCGCGAUCGUAUUAUUCAUAGUUUAUUUCUAUACGUUAUUUUUUCAUUAUUAUGUCUGACCGGAAACGUAGUUUGAAAUGAAUGUGAUUUCAUGUAACGCCAUGUAUAAAUUACGAAAAUAAAUUUGCCAAUUGUAAGCAUUGUACGAUGA